AUGUACUCGUCGUACUGGAAGCCCAACGACGGCCGCGAGUCGACCGUGCGCACGGACCACGAGGCGCUGCAUCGCGAUGAGGCGACGCACAAAGCGAUGCAGUCGGACGAGACGGAGCUGCGGCCGCUCGACCUCGAGACGAUCAUGAGCUCGAAGGCCGCCGUCAAGUUCUGGUACCUCCACCGCCCGAAGACAAUGGCCUACGUCCACCGAAACGCCACGAAGAUCCAGAGCCUCGGGCGCGCGUUCGCCGUGCGGCAGCUGCGCGCGCGUCACGGCGCGGAGUUUAUGGCCGAACUGGCGCGUCAGGACCAGGCGCGGCGCGACGCGGACGAGCUCAAGGAGCUCUCGGACGACGAGCGCGCGGCCAAAGAAGUGGACGACGCAGCGUACGACGCGCGCGUGGAGGCGUCGCGGCGGCUGCGGCGCGAGCAGAUGGAGCAGGAGCGGCAGGCGGAGGCGGCCGUGCGGCUCGCGCAGGCGGCGGCGGCGUCGGCGCGUCGGGCGGAGGCGGAGCAGCGGGUGGCGGAGGAAGCUGAGGAGCGGCGGGUGGCGGCGCAGAGGGACGAGGAGCAGCGGGCAGAGGCGGCGCGCCGAGAGGCAAAGGAGGCCGAGGAGAGGCGGGUGGCGGCGCUGGCGGAAGAGGAGCAGCGGGUGGCAGAGGAGCAGCGGGUGCGGGAGGAAGCAGAGCGGCGGGAGGCGGAGGACGCGGCGCGGGACGAGGAGAGGCGACGGGUGGAGGAAGAAGAGCGACGAGUGGAGCAAGAAGAGGCAGAGCGACGACGGGAAGAGGAAGAGCGGCGCGCGGACGAGGAACUGCGUCGGAAGGAGGAGGAGGCGGCGGCGCUGGUGGCCCUCCAGGCGCGCGAGGAGGAGGAACGACUGGAGCGCGAGGCGGAGGAAGUGCGGGUUCGAGAGGAACAAGAGCGUGUGCAACGGGAGCGCAAGGAAGAGGAAGUGCGCGUCCGGGAGGAACAAGAGCGUGUGCAACGGGAGCGCGAGGAAGAGGACGCGCGUGUGCGGGAGCUGGAAGAGCGUGCGCAACGGGAGCGCGAGGAACAGGAGCGCAGAGUGGCCGAGGCGGCGUUUGCGGCCCAGCGCGCGAAAGACGAAGAGGAGCGCAUUCGCCAGGAGCGGAUCCAGCAGGAGAAGACGGAGAAGUACGAGCAGUCCAUGUCCAAAGACGUGCCGGUGCUCGUGCGUCGGCGUGAUCCGGGCCGGAUCGUAAGUUACGACAAGCAGCGGGAGACGUACGCGGUCAAGAUGGACAGCUCGGUCGGUGGCAUGGAGAUUACGGUGCCCAGCAGCGACGUCCAACUCGACGACGGACGGAUCCUCUCACCGCGCACGAAGGUGGACACGCCGUUCGGAGCGGGCGAAGUCGUGGGUCUCGACCCCCACGUUGGAUGCUACGCGAUCAACACUGAAGUCAAUGCGUCGGACGGCGACCAGUUCUUGGCUUUUGUGCAGAUCAAGGACGUUGCUGUGUACGUGGAGGAAGAAGAGGAGCGCGCGAUCGUGGAGGACGCGUCGUUGCCACUCCCCGAUGAGAUCGGUCUCGUGUCGGCUCGCAUCGUCGAUAGCCGCAUUGUCAACCGCACGGGCACGAGGUUCAUCCAGUACAAGCUGGAAAUCCGCACGACCAACUACGGCACACUGUUUUGCUGGAAACGGUACAGCACUUUCCGGUUGCUGUGCGAUCGUCUCAUGAAGGAGAACGGAAUGAAGCGCCGGGACAUUCCCGACCUACCGCAUCGUCACUUGGUCGGCAACUUUUCGCAAAAGACGAUUGGCGAGCGCGCUGAGAAGCUGAAUCUGUUCCUGAACGCUGCCGUGACGGCUGAGCAUCUGCAGUGGGGCAUUCGUGUCGACGACCAGAUUGCCGUCUACAAGCGCCGCAACAAACGAGCCACGCAGCCCAGCAGCAAACCCACUGGCCGCACAAGCCGCAGCAUCUUUUCCCGCCGACGGUAA